AUGCCUGAAAAGGUCCCUAUUCCAUACGCUGCUCUUGGCAAACCAAUCACCGAGUUUGUUGAAUACAACAACGCCAACUUUUUAACCACCACAUGGAAAGUCCCCUCCAAUGUUGAGUACAAGGGAAAGAUCUUUUAUGUUCACGGAUUUAUGGAAAGUGCACCAGUUUAUACUGAAUUCUUUGAUAAUUUGUCGCAAAACGGUUAUGAGGUGUUUUUCUUUGACCAAAGGGGUUCUGGUGAAACAUCACCAAAUGACUUGGGUGGCACAAAUGAGUUCUACACCUUUGAUGAUUUGGAUUUUUUCCUCAAGCGCAGCUUGGACGCACGUACUGAUCCCGAGGAAAAAUAUAUAUUGAUGGGACAUUCAAUGGGUGGGGGGAUCAUCUUGAAUUAUGGUAUUAGAGGUAAACACAAGGAUGCAAUCAAGGCAAUCGUUGCUUGUGGGCCAUUGAUUAAGUUGCAUCCCAAAACACAGCCAAAUAUUGUCUCCAGAUUGGCAUUGCCAUAUGUUUCUAAAAUUUUACCAAAUUUCAAGUUAGAUUCGAAAUUGAAUUAUGAUUACAUUACAUCAAAUGAAAGAUGGCAAAACUACAUCAGACAGCAUGACAAAAAGUUGAUCGGUUCCUUUGCUCAGUUUAAUGAUAUGUUUAAGAGGGGUAAGGAUUUGUUAGAUCCAGAGUAUUCAAAGAAAUUCGAUACCAAUAUUGCAUUAUUGAUUGUACACGGAACUCACGAUUAUAUCAAUGAUAUUAAGGGAAGUGAGGAAUUUUUCCCAUUGUUACCAUCAAACAUGAACAAGGUAUUUGAUAGAAUUGAUGCAGGAAGACACAGUUUGUUUGUGGAAAACGACGAGUUGUUUAAGUUGGUUUUCAAGAAAGUUGUGGAUUUCCUUCAUGAGUAUGCAAAGAAGGAUUAA